AUAUAUCAACCAUCCAAUAAACAACACAGAACAGCAUGGGUUUCCUUCUUUCAUUUUCAACAACUCUGACCAUGGGAAUCUUGGCCUCUUUACUCUUUAUUUGUAGUUUCUUAGCCCUUUCAAGGCUAAGCAAUGCUCAAAAGAAGAGAAUGCCACCACAAGCUGGUGAUGCAUCGCCGCUCAUCCGUCACCUCCCCUUGUUAGGGGGGCCAAAACCACUUCACAGAACCUUGGGUGAAAUGGCAGACAAGUAUGGUCCUGUUUUCACUAUCAAACUUGGUGUUAAUCGGGCUUUGGUGGUGAGCGACUCGGAAAUAGCAAAAGAAUAUGCCUAACUACAAAUGAUAAGGCCUUUGCCCACACGCCCGAAAUCAGUCUCCAUGGAGCUUUUGGGCUACAAUUACGCCAUGUUUGGCUGCAGCCCUUACAGUCCUAUUAGCGCCACGCAUGUAAAAUUGCCACACUCGAGCUUUUAUCAAACCACCGGCUUGCGAUGUUCAAUCAAAUGAAUAUACACUUUUUUU